GUAGCAGCCGGGAGACUCGCACAAGAUGGCGGACGUGGUGGCGGAUGGAGAGAAGCUCAGUAAAAAGACCUGCGCAUCAUGUUGACGCUGGUCAGAGCAGCCAGGCAGCCCGUGUGCCGGGUCGUCGGCGUACGGGUGCAGAAGUUUGUGCCCCACGUUCGGCAAGCGGUGCCUUCGCUUAUUGAAGGAUGUCGCUGGAGAGGUGACAAAAGUGAGCUGAAGAGACGCAUGAAGGCGGAGAAGAAGGCUGCGGAGAAGGAGGCCAAGAGCAAGGACCAAGUUCCGCAGAACAAGGAGGUGAAUGACAAACAGCAGCAUGUGGACGGACUGGACGAGGAGACUCUGGACCCCAACCAAUACUAUAAGAUCCGCACGCAGGCCAUCCAGGCUCUGAAGGGGACCAGUGAAGAUCCGUAUCCCCAUAAGUUUCACGUGGACUUGUCCCUUACUGAUUUCAUUGAGAAAUAUAAUCACCUACAGCCUGGGGAGCAGCUGUCAGGCGUCAUCCUUAAUGUUUCAGGUCGUGUCCAUGCCAAGAGGGCCUCAGGGGCCAAACUGCUGUUCUAUGACCUGAGAGGAGAGGGGGUGAAGCUGCAGGUUAUGGCCAACUCCAGGAACUAUAAAUCAGAGGAAGAUUUUGUUCACAUCAACAAUAAAUUGCGCCGUGGUGACAUCAUCGGUGUUCGAGGGAAUCCUGGGAAGACAAAGAAAGGUGAGCUGAGUAUCAUCCCCAUAGAGAUGACCUUGCUGUCUCCAUGUCUGCAUAUGCUUCCUCACCUGCAUUUUGGCCUGAAGGACAAGGAAACUCGUUUUCGUCAGCGGUAUUUGGACUUGAUCCUAAAUGACUCUGUGAGGCAGAAGUUUGUGACCCGUGCCAAGAUCAUCACUUACCUGCGCAGCUUCUUGGAUCAACUUGGUUUCCUUGAGAUCGAGACUCCGAUGAUGAACCUGAUCCCCGGAGGUGCGGUGGCUCGACCUUUUAUCACCUACCACAACGAGCUGGAUAUGAACCUGUACAUGAGGAUCGCGCCCGAGCUUUACCACAAGAUGCUGGUUGUCGGAGGUAUCGACCGCGUGUAUGAAAUCGGACGUCAGUUUAGAAACGAAGGCAUCGACCUGACCCACAACCCAGAGUUCACUACCUGUGAGUUCUACAUGGCCUACGCCGACUACAACGACCUGAUGGAGAUCACAGAGAAACUUCUUUCAGGAAUGGUGAAGCACAUCACCGGAGGUUACAAGCUCACUUAUCACCCUGAAGGACCAGAAGGACAAAGCUAUGAAAUCGACUUCACUCCUCCGUUUAAGAGAAUCAACAUGGCUCAUGACCUGGAGAAGGAGAUGGGAGUGAAAUUCCCGGCCACUGACACCUACGAUUCUGAUGAAACUCGCAAAUUCUUUGACGACCUGUGCGCUCAGAAGGGCGUGGAAUGUCCGCCUCCGAGAACGACAGCUCGCCUCCUGGAUAAGUUGGUGGGGGAUUUCCUCGAAGUGAAAUGCAUCAACCCUACCUUUAUUUGCGACCAUCCGCAGAUCAUGAGCCCGCUGGCAAAGUGGCACCGAUCUCAGAAAGGGCUGACUGAGCGUUUUGAGCUCUUUGUCAUGAAGAAGGAGAUCUGUAACGCGUACACUGAGCUGAACGACCCGAUCAGGCAGCGUGAGCUGUUUGAACAGCAGGCUAUGGCGAAGGCAGAAGGUGACGACGAGGCCAUGUUUAUAGAUGAGACGUUCUGCACGGCGUUAGAAUACGGUCUUCCUCCUACUGCAGGCUGGGGCAUGGGCAUCGACCGGCUCACCAUGUUCCUCACUGACUCCAACAACAUCAAGGAAGUCCUCCUGUUCCCCGCCAUGAAGCCCGACGACAAUAAACCUGCCCCUCCAGCAGAGGGCACUUCAGUCUAACACUGUGACCCGAAUCAGUGACCCGGUGAGAACGAGAGACGAUUCGUCAGCACCUCCUGGGGUUCUUGUUUCUGCCUGACUGUUCAGAGUACUGUUAAAGAAUGAUGUCUAAAGGAUUUCACAUUGCUGUAAAAGGGAACAAUAUCAACGAUUAUUAAUCUGUUAGGCAGAAAUAGUGAACGCUCCAUUUUAUACUGCUGCUUUUGUCUGUCGUCAGCACAUCAGGUUCCUACGCAGGAGAAAUCAACAAGAUGAUGCUUCAAAUUCAGCCAUAUUUUUCUGUGAAAGGUUUUAAUUCCACUUGUUUUCUGUAUUUUUAAUGAUCACCAGAUCGGUCAGGAAUAAACCUUCAUGUGUGUGAUUAAACUGUUGAAGUUA